UCUGACAAGGCGUAGUUUUUGAUAUUGUCAACUGAACUCGCGCUGUUGACGUUAUGAGUCACUUCACUGCGUGUUGAUGAACGCUAGACAAGACGCAAGUGUCGCGGUGACAGCGCCGAAAGAGCGAUUUUGAUGUGACUCAACCAGCUGCGGAAAACUUAUUGGCUCCGUUAGUGGCUGACUUGACUGAUGGACGGAAGGAAAUCCCGAUAAGCAACUUCGACACAAGGGAGAAAAGGGACUCGCGCAAUUGACGCACUCUCAGUGUCAUAGUGCCCUCUGAUCGUGAAAAGCAAAGAAAAAAAAACGAGUGGUUCUGUGUGUAUGUAUAGCAUAUUAGUGAGUAAUUUUCCUCUAACUCGGCCGAACUGAUGCGUUACGACGGCGGGGGAGGUGUUGUCAUGGUGAAGAACACGAGGAAGAACAGUUUGAGUUUGUGGUCUCCGCCGGCAACUGUCGCUCAAGCCCUGGCUGCCUCGAACACACCUACGGACGUUGUACUUCUUCAUUCCGGGUACCGAGUGUUGGUCCUCGUCGAGGCCAGGGUACCCGUGCAGGGAAAGCACAGCCAGUGCGUGGUUCACGGCCGAGACUGGGCGCGUUACGAAAUUUCUGGGCAGGCGAUGUGCAGUCUUGGUCUAGCAUUUUGA